AACCCAUUACUUCCCUGCCACUCGAGCGAUACGAAACUGGUUUUUGAAAACUAACAAAAAUUCUCCGUGCACACAAAAUUCUAAGUGAAACAAUCUAAAUCUAGUUCUAAGCAGCUGUAGAAUUCAAAGAUGACUAGCAAGAAGGCCAAGGAUCUGAGUCCUGCAUCCCUGGAGGAUUUGGUCAGCCAGGUGUUCGACAAGUCCAAACAGCUCAGCAUGUCGAUGAAGGAGCAGCGCAAACUAGUGCAGGAGUAUCUGAAUGCCAAAGUCGCUGGCAGUGAUGCAAGCGAUGGAGAACAUGAAAGUGAUUCCGAUUCAGAUUCAGAUUCCGACUCAGAUUCCGAUUCCGACUUUGAUUCCGAUUUCGAGGAGGAUUCCUGUACCGAUUCCGACGAGCAAACAAAGGAGAGCAGCGAAGAGUCGGAAUCGGAACUCAGCGACGUCGAGGAGGGUUCAUCCCCAGGAGAUGAGGGUCCUAAGAAUCGGAAAACGCAAAUCUCCAGAGACGAGCCUGAACUAUCGCGGCUCGUGGCCUUUGUGCCUCCACCCAAAUCCCCUGCCCAGCCUGCGUCCCGCAUCCAGCGGCGACUGACUAUGGCUGGUGGCAUGGUUGCUCCUCCAAGUCGCAAAAGUGCUGCUCCGCAGUCGGGAAAAGCCAAGUAGAUGUGAAUGAGGUUUAGUCGGGAGCAGGAGGUUUCUUCAUAUGGUUUUAUUUACAUAAUUUUGUAGUACUUUGUAGUUGUGCAACUCCCCAUUUUAAAUUAAUAAGCUGGAAAAAGUAGGUCGUACUGAAAUUGA